GUUCAUGUGGUUCUUCGAGUCUUUCUAAUCCCCAACUUCUCAAUCCCCCACUACCCGUUCCCAUCCUUUGCUUCACCUCCGGCCGGCGAUGGAGUACUCCUCGCUCGGCGAAGCACAGCAACAGCAACAGCAACAGCAACAGCAAUCGGAUCAACAGCAAGCUUACGAUCCUGCUCAGGCUCAAGCAUACGCGGCCUACUACGCCGCUUGCGACCAAUACUACGCCGCAUCGGCUUACUACCACCAGCCCUAUUACCCUCACGACUACUCAUCUUCCGCCACCGCGGCCACGGCUGGCGUUUACUACGCGGAAGCACAGCCGGAUUCCGCAGCUACGCAGGCUGAUGCGGCUCAGAUCCAGCAGUCCGGCUCGCACGGGACGGCGUACGCGGCAGCUAUGGAGCAGGAUGGAUACUCGUAUCAGGCUGCGGCGGGGUUAAACCCUGCUGCUGUGGCGGCGCUCUCACAGUUAUCGCAGCUCACCGGGUCCAUCGACGCGGCUGAGAGGAUGAUGGCGGCGGGGAUGCACAAUAGGACGCAAUCAUCACCUUACCAGCAAUAUUCUCAUCCCAUGACGGUGCAGCACGGGGGCCCAUCGACCCACCCUGGGGUAGGAGGUACAGCUCAUAGGGGUGCUGGUAGAAGAGGUGGUGGGCCAAUGAGAGGUAGAGGUGGAAAUCGAGGCCGCAUAGGUCAGCGCCAUUCUGGAAGGGAUGGUGGAGGACCUCCCCCGUUGCGUGGCAGUGGGCAUGGGCGUAUGAGCAGGGGUCGUGGAAGGAGACCCCAACAUUUUCCACCUGAUUCACAGCAGAGACAAACUGCGUUCGCAACCACUUUAGAACCAUCAGUAUCUGCAGCAGCACAUGCACAAGGACGCCCAUUGUUUACACCAAAAGUUCCACAAAAAUCACUUAUUCCAGCUGCUUGGUGUGAUAUAUGUAGGGUGGACUGCAACAGCUUGGAAAUUUUGGAGCAGCACAGGAAUGGAAAGCGGCAUAAGAGAACGGUGCAGAGAGUUCAAGAGAUACAAGCCCAACAGAAGGGUUCAACAUACGCAACAAAUAGAGUCAUUCCAUCAUCUGAUGGUCGAACUGAAGCUGGCAAAGGCCUUGAGAAAGAUAUUGCUUCAUCAGCACAAGAGCCGGUGGUGGAAGGAUCAAUCAAAGUAUUUGUUGCAUCAGAAAAUAAUCUGCAAGAAAUGGAUAUUGAGCAGUGUCAGAUGCCCGAGGGACAAGCAGAGCCUGUAACUGAUGCGUCACAAGAUGAAACCUUGCCCAUGGAUGGGUUAAGUAAGAAGCGCAGGAUGGCUGGUUAUGAUAGGAAUGAAAGGUGGCGUGGUUCCAAGCAGAAGAUGAUGAGGACAAGCCGUGGUGGGAAACACUUCAAGAGCUUUGAUCGAACACAUAACCGUGAACGACCCAAAGAUCGCCCCAGAGACCGGCCUAGGGUUUGUACUGUAUGCAAUGUAAUGUGUGAUACAAUGGCAGUGUUUGAGUGCCAUCUCUCCGGAAAGAAGCAUAUUUCUCGUAUCAAACGUUUUGACGGCCAUGGUUCUGUUUAUGGUCCCAUCAGCGUCUACAUUCCUCCCAAUCAACCAACAGCCUAUUCAAGUAAAGGACCAGAGCCAUUGUUCUAUGGGCUCCAGAAUCUUGAAACACUGCAACAGGAAGCUGCGCUAAGACAUGAAAUACCGCAGCAGGGAGCCGAUGCCAUCGAUUCUCAGCAGAUGGAAACCCUUGCAGUUGAGCAACACUGUCAAGUUGGGGGUUUUGAAGAAGAAGCUGAAGGUGCAGCUCCUGAGUCUGAGGUUAAGCAAAGCUUAGGACAUCCAGAUGCAAUGGAAGAUGAACAAGUGGUUGCAAUGCCUGAUCUUGAUGGACAAAACUCCCUUAAAGAACCAGAUGCGGGAGGGACUAAUAAUUCAGCAUCAGAUGAUAGUGAUUUUAUGGAUAGCACUGUUCUUCCCAUUGUGCCAGAUGCCACUUUCCCAGAAUAUGAAGCUUCAAAUGAGGCUGAGAUUGCUGGGCCUGGUGUUGAUGUCAAAUCGGAAGAGGCUCUUCCUAAUAGUGAAUGACUGCCACGAAGAAGGGUUUCAUCAGGUAACUGAAGGUAGGUCUUUCUAUUAAAGUUUAUGUGAUUUACAUAACCGUGAAUGUUUUUUUAGCAGAGACUUUGAUAGUGACUUGUUCAGCGUAUGCUUCCCUUUAGAAUUUACUUUCAACUGCGAGCCUCUUUGGAUACCGAGGUUAUAAUGUUUUCUACUGCAUCCUCCUACAUGGAGUACUGUUUUAAAUAUUCACAUGAUUCUAUUUUAUAAUAUUUUCAAGAUUUUCCAUC